AUGUCCCGCUUGGCUGAUUAUUUUGUUAUUGUUGGAUAUGAUCAUAGCAAAACUGCAGGUGGUGUGGGUGUGGGAAAGAUAAUACAGAGAUUCCCAGAGAAGGAUUGGGAUAACUGUCCAUUCACACAAGGAAUUGAAUUGUUCUGUCAACCAUGCGGUUGGUCCUUGGGCACUCAGAAGCAACCACCAACAUUCUUCGUGUCUGUACUGACGGACAUUGAUGCAUAUCGACACUAUUGUGCAUGUUUGACAUUCAGCGAGGAUGUUGUGAUGGAAACAGUUGCAAAGGAACACGUAGUGGAUGAUGACGACAGUGAAGAUGGCAGUGAAGAUGGGGAGGGGGUCGUUCGAUGCUCUAAAUUAUACGCUCCAAAAAGUUUGGUGCUGGUUUCUCGAUUGGAUUGCUUUGAAGUAUUCAGAAACUGCCUAGGGAUAAUAUACGCAACUUACAUAGACAACCUGAGCAUAAGCUUUGAGGUUCUAGUCGCCAACAUACUGACUGCUGUUCAAAUUCCUCCACAUGGUGGUCCUCUGGUCAAGUUUUCCAUAGGAGCAGGUGACCGGCAGAACAUCCAGCUAUCAUCGUGUCCCACAUUGCCUAAUACUGGCACAUCUGUCUCUCUACUCUUCGAACAACUUGGCAUUUCAAAUUGUUUGACUGUGUUCUGUGCAGCACUGUGCGAUCACAAAGUGCUGUUCCAUUCAAUGAGUUAUUCCAGGUUAACAGAUUCAAGCCACGCUCUCACAUCGCUUAUGUACCCACUCAAAUAUAGUUACGUAUACGUUCCUCUGCUUCCCGUUGGAUUGUUGGAGGUUUUGAGUACUCCAACACCGUUCAUUGCUGGUGUGCACACAUCACAAAAGCCUGAUCAAUCUGAACUGUUGGAUGUGGUGGUAGCUGAUCUGGAUGGAGGAAGUCUGAAGCUACCUGACAACAUGCACGUUUCUCUCAUGCCUCAGGCAAUGCUCUGCAGGAUGAAACAUUGUCUCCAGCAGAUAUUGAGACCAGAUCUAACAUUGGCUGACAUUGCAUUCUCAUCAUCCACACCGAAGCUCUCUUCUCCGGAAAUUCUCGACAAAGAAAUAAGGGCGAUAUUUUUACGAUUCUUUGCAGAACUUUUCAUGCACUAUCGGUCGUGUUUGAAUUUGAUAAGAAUUAAUGCCGAGCCCGUCAUCACAUUUCACAAGGCUAGUUUUCUUGGUAAUCAGGGCUUGAUGGAUGAUGAUUUUCUGAAGAGAGUACUUGAUUCAAUGUCUUUCAACACAUUUGUCGUUGAAAGGGGCCCGCCAUACAGAAUAUGUGAUAUUUUUGAUGAUGUCUUGGAUAAAAUGCAUGAGACGUUGAAGGUUGAGCAGCAGUUCCCAGACAGGUCACUGCAGCAUGUAAAAGAACUUGCUGAAAAGUUGUAUGCCAAUGAAAACCCAACCCAGCCAACCGUCGUCCAGAAAGUCCCUCGACCCACUGAAGGCUCGCACUUGAGAGUUCAUCAACCCCUCUUCCCAAUCUUGGACGAGGUCAAAGUUCAUGCACUGAUGCAAGAAGGCAUGAGUAAAUGGGACACAACUUCCAAGUUUGUUAAAUUUAAUUAUCUUACUCAGUACCCUCGCAUUGUUCCAACUGGCACGAGACUGACACACUCGCAGGUUGAGAAGGCUCAACUUGUUUCCACCAAUGCACGAAGGCUGGAGGUUCUAAGGAACUGCAUCACUUUCAUUUUCGAGAAUAAAAUCUCUGAUGCAAGAAAGAUAAUUCCAGCGGUGUUGAAGGUGUUGAAGACAAAAGUAGCAAGGCUGCUUCUUGUUGAGGAACUUGGUUUCCACGUAAAAAGCAACAGAUCCUUACUGGAGCACCAGCAAUUUGAGAUGGUGGUGCGACUGCUCAACUCUGCUCUCCAGCAGAAUGAUUCCGUGAUGGAUGAGAAUGGAGUAGCAACCGCCAUCUUGCCACUCGCCAUGUCAUUCUGCAGGAAGUUAUUCACUGGCGUCAUUCAGUUCGCGUACACGUGCGUGCAAGAUCACCCCGUCUGGUCUAGUCAUCAGUUCUGGGAGGCCGCCUUCUACCAAGACGUUCAGCAGCAAAUAUCGAACGACACCACGCUACGUCGCAACGAUUCCAAACGAUGGUCGACAUUUUCCUUGAAUCCUCCGAACAACGCUGCACACCAGAGGUCUAUCGCUGCCCUUGAAAUUGCUGCUGAACAAAUGAGACUCUGGCCCAAUUUGAGUGAAGAAGAGAAGUCGGAAAUGAUAAAGAACGAGGAAUCGACAGUGUACAGUCAAGCCAUCCACUAUGCCAACCGCAUGGUCUAUCUCAGGAUACCUCUCGAUGCUACUAAAACUCCAAAAGAUGUGAUGGGCAUGGAAGGUGAAAGUCUGAGCAGUAUGGUUACUAAUAGUGCGGCAGACAGCGACAGUAUGGACGGUGAAAGUGGAAUAGACGACCCAGAUAUGAAUGAGAUCGGGGCAAAUGUUACUAAGUUUGUUUUGAGGUUCAUCGACAAAGUUUGCAUGGAAAGUGGCGUAUCGACUGACCACAUAAAAUCACUGCAUCAAAUGGUUCCAGGCGUCAUAGACAUGCACCUGGAGACAUUGGAAGCCAUUCAUCAGGAAAUACAAAGACUGCCUCCCAUGCCUAAGCCUCGCAUCCUGGCACCAGUCCUCUUAGUUGGCGAGGAGAUGUUGUUGGAGGGAUUGAGGGCCUACCUGAUUCCAGAUGGACGUGAAGAGGGUACAGGAGGCGUCAUGGGAGGGCCUGCGUAUCUGCCGGCGGAGGGGGCCAUCUUUCUCACGUCGUACAGGGUCAUAUUCAAGGGUACAUCUUGUGAUCCACUAGUUGGCGAGCAAUCAAUUUGUCGAAGUUUUCCAAUAUCCUCUCUAACGAAAGAGAAAAAAUUGAAUGCACAGUACCUCAACCACAAAGAUCUCUGGAUGCAGGAGGCUGUACAACUCAGGUCCGCAACUUUCCAGAUGUUGAAGGUAGCAUUUGAUGAAGAAGUGAGUACAGAUGACAUUGAAUUGCUACGUAAAUGGUUAUCACAGAUGAGACAUCCUCCAUCCAUUCUUCUCACCUUUCCAUUCAUUCGACUGCACUGCGCCAUGCCUGCCAUGGCCAAGUCUAAGGAGAAGAACGUUUCGCUCAAAAAUUUCGCCAAAAAGACUCUAUUGAAAACAGCUCGUAAGGCAGGAAUUAAAACGAAGGAUUACUCAACUUCGAAAAGAUCGACAAAGUAUUUUCUGCCUACACCUCCACUCAACAGAAAAGUGCCAUACAAUUACAACCACUUAACACUCGAGUACACUGACGAACAGUUCCAUAAUUACAACGAUGAACUUUCUGUUAUAGAUGAGCAAGAAGUAAAAGUGCAAAUACUUAACGAAGCCAAAAACCUCGAACGCAUCUCCGAGAGGUCAUACUGCCGAGAUUUUUUUCGUCUGGGUUUGGGUUCCCUGCAUUCGUCGAGCACGCACCACCCGAUCCGACCGAGACCCGAUCAGUUUCGAUUGUCAACUGUCAACAUCAAUUCAUCUUAUGCUGUAUGUUUCAGUUAUCCAGCUGUCCUGCCUGUUCCCUAUUCUAUAUCGGAUGACUGCCUACAAAAGAUCUGUAAAAGUCACAAACUGAACAGAUUUCCAGUUGCGACAUGGAGGCAUCCAACAACGAAGGCCCUUCUGAUCAGAGGCAGUGGUUUCUAUGGCAAGAGGGUGAUGGGAGUUUUCAAAGGACAUUACAGCAAUCCAGCUGUCGAUAGCAAUGUGGCCUCAACAAUGACAAUGGAGCAGGAAAAAUAUUUCAGCUCCAUCAUCUCAUGCACUCCACCUGGUAAAGAUACUUCAACUCUAUCAAGGUCUUCAAUGAAAGGCCUGAGAGACAAGAGACCAAUCUCUGCUAUGACCAUGGGAAAGAAGUUACAAACAGAAAGUCCGGUCGCAACGCCAAUGAAGCAGCAACAAAAUGGUUUCACAUUAAAUACUAACUCGAUGAUGUGCGACAUGUCGAACAGCUUUUACAAGUCUACUCUGUAUGUUCUUGGCGAGAAAGCUCAAAUGAAGGGCUUAAGAGUUGAAUCACUUGGCAAAUGCGAUUUUGUUCCAAUUGAUUUCAACGAAGUGCGCAAUGUGAAGGCGAGUUUCAAGAAGCUGAUGCGAGCCUGCGUGCCCAGCAGCAACAUACCGACAACAAACGCGACGCUGGGUGGACAGGAACAGGCGAGUAAUGAUGGGAAGCGAGGAGGAAUGUUGAGGUGGAUCCAGGAGUCAGGUUGGAUGGGACAAAUUGAGAAUAUCCUGAAAGUUGCAGGACUUGCAAUUGAUCUUAUCGAUCUUCAAGGAUCUUCUGUCAUGAUCUGUCUGGAAGAUGGAUGGGAUUUCACUACGCAGGCGCUGUCACAAAUUCUUCUCGACCCUUACUACCGGACCAUUGAGGGCUUCAAAGUUCUUAUUGAAAAGGAAUGGAUGGCUUUCGGUCAUCGUUUCAGUCACCGUAGCAAUCAAACUGAAGCUAACCAGGCCAGCGGAUUCGCUCCGAUAUUUCUGCAAUUUCUUGAUGUUGUACAUCAAAUACACAACCAGUUUCCAAUGUCGUUCGAGUUCAAUCAAUUUUAUUUACGCUUCCUCGCUUUCCACCAUCUCUCCAAUCGCUUUCGAACAUUCAUGCUGGAUUCUGAGUUGAAAAGAGUUGAGUUGGGCUGGCACACUCGCGACCAGAACUAUCGACACGACAACGACCCCAACGAAACUGACCGUAACACUCCAGGAGCGAAAAAUGCUUUCCUAUCAGUCUGGGAUUACAUUGAUUACUAUCACAAGAGAUCACCUGUAUUUUACAACUUCCUAUAUUGUUCUCGUGAUCACGAAACGGUACUGCGUCCAUAUUCCACGUGUUCCAACUUAAAGGUUUGGGACUAUUACUUUUCCGAGAGUUUAUGUUCUGGAACUCUGUAUGACCUUGAAUUGAGAGAUUUUGACCUUCAAAGAGAUGGAGGUGACCAUCAGGAUAACAUUUCAAACGCAUGCGAAUCACCCUCCAAGUUGAUGAACGGCUGUUACGACAACGUGGAGAUGUUGCAGCCCGAUUCUUGCAGCCAUCUCCUCAUGGAAAUUUUCAAGUUGAAUUCUGAGCUGAACAAUCGACCUGCUCCUAGAGGAUGGAUUGAGCAAUGGGAGAGUUUGGAAGUACCCACCCACGAGUUGUCUUCAGCAGUAUCCAUGGCAACUAACCACCAAUCAGGUGGCUUAUGGGAGGAACAACGAAGGAGAUUGGCCAUUCAACAAUCCAAUCACAAAAAGCUUGCUGUUAGAAUUAAUUUUUGUUAUGACGUCAACAGCAAGAUGAUCUUCUCACACAUGCACUCAUUCAUGCCCCACUACUACACAACACCCACGCAAUGCAAUUACUGUACACAAAUCGUAUGGGGCUUCAUCAAAUCAGGUUACCACUGUGCUGAUUGUAACUACAGCUGUCAUGAGAAAUGUUUGAGUCUUGUGCCACAGAACUGCACAGGUAUGAUUAGCGUGGAUUCAUUGAUGAAUGUCAUGGUUGCAUGUUUUUUUGGUCGUGUGGGCUAUAGUGCUACACGCAAAGAGGGGUCAGCUGAGACGUAUUUAGAUUUUCCGACUGAAUCCAACGAGCAUCGAACGCACGAAGGCUACUUGUACAAGAGAGGAGUGAUGCUGAAAGGAUGGAAAUUGAGAUGGUUCGUCUUGGAUUCUGUUAAGCAUCAGCUGAGAUAUUACGACAGCCCGGAAGAUGCGCACUGCAAAGGAUUCGUCGACCUGGCUGAUGUCGUUUCAGUGGCCAACAUCAAGAACGUCCCUGGCGCUCCCAAGAAAUCUGAUGACGGCUCGUUCUUUGAGUUGAAAACUAUAAGAAGGGUGUACCACUUCUAUGCAACUGAUUCCAAUUCCGUGCAAGACUGGAUUGAUAAGAUUCAACUGUGCAUUUAA